AUGCUUACGUAUCUGCGCUUCAAAGCCACUGCGACGGCUCUUCGAUUCCUGGUGUCUCUCAGAGACACGAGCAGCCCCGCAAACCCCGACGAAACAAUCCAAAUCCCAAGCCGCGAUGAAGGCAGAACCAUCAAAGCGCAUGUCUACCGGCCAUCCGCUACACGGUCCAAACCAGGGCCCGUCCUGGUUAAUUUCCACGGAAGCGGAUUCGUAAUACCCAUGCAUGGAUCAGACGAUGAAUUCGCUAGGCGCGUUGCCCAAGACGCAGAGUACACGGUUCUGGACGUCUCAUAUCGCCUUGCCCCCGAAUAUCCGUUUCCCGCAGCAAUAAACGACGUGGAAGACGUCGUGAACUGGGUUCUUUCUAUCUGUGGUACUGACGCCAACUCUGACUCUAACCAUGGGUUAGAAUUCGACCGUUCGCGCAUCUCUAUCUCCGGAUUCAGCGCAGGUGCCAAUCUGGCUCUCGUCGCAAGCUCCCAGAUCUUCCCUAAGACAACGUUCCGGCAUGUCAUUGCUUUUUACCCACCCAUCGAUCUGGCAAAGGAUCCUUACUCGAAAGUCGCCCCAGACCCCAAUGGAAGGCCCAUUCCUGCGCCUGUAGCGAGUUUCUUCGACCAGUGUUAUCUUUCUUCUGGGGUGGAGCGGAAGGAUCCUCGAGUUUCGCCCUUUUACGCGGCUGCGGAGAGUUUCCUGGGGAGUAUGCUGGUGGUUACUUGUGGGCGGGACUCGCUUUGCAGUGAGGCUGAGGAGUUAGUCUGUAAGAUAAAGGGUGUUCGUGGGGAGGAUGUUGUUCAUUGGCGAGCGGAGGGUUGCAAUCAUGGUUGGGACAAGAGAUGUCAGCCUGGGAGUGAAGAAGAGAAGGCGAAGGAGUAUGCGUAUAGACUAGCUGUCGAGAUUUUGAAUAAGUAGGGUGUUUGGUUCGUGGUAGGUCGUACGUAG